AUGGCCAGCAAAACGCUGCCAGCUCCAGUGCCAAUUCACCCAUCGCUACAGCUUACCAACUACUCCUUCCUACAAGCUUUCAAUGGGCUUCCAGUGCCCGCAGACCAUCUCCCUAACCUGUAUGGGUUCAGUGCCCUGCACGCUGUUCAUCUUCACCAAUGGACAUUGGGAUACCCAACUCUGCACCUGCCCAGGUCUUCCUUCUCCAAAGUGCCAGGGUCUGCCAGCCUGAUAGACACCAGGUUCCAGAUCCCAGGCUUUCCACUUUUUCCCCAUGUCAUCCACCCUAAACAUGACUCCACAAGCUUACCUGGCAAAACCAAGCCUAGGUUUGACUUUGCCAACCUAGCAGUUGCAGCCACUCAAGAGGACCCUUGUAAGCUAAGCCAGCUGGAUGGGCAGGGGUCUCCUACAGCUAUGGGAGCGCUUCUUGAUGUCACCAAGCUGACUCCUGAAAAGAAGCCAACACGUGGGAGGUUACCUUCUAAAACCAAGAAAGAAUUUGUGUGUAAAUUCUGUGGGAGACACUUCACAAAGUCCUACAACCUUCUUAUUCAUGAGAGAACCCACACAGAUGAAAGACCUUACACAUGUGACAUUUGCCACAAGGCUUUCCGGAGACAGGACCAUCUCAGAGACCACAGGUACAUCCACUCAAAAGAAAAGCCAUUCAAGUGUCAAGAGUGUGGCAAAGGAUUUUGUCAGUCUAGGACUUUGGCAGUUCACAAAACUCUCCACACACAAGUCAAAGAACUGAAACCUUCCAAAAUUAAAUGCUGA